GCACUGGCUGUUGGUGUUUGUAAUCGCAACGUUGCACAGGUCCUCACAACUUCGUCUCUUCGACUUGACGUGGAAUUAUUGGAAGAAUGGCAUUCCUUCUGAAAAUGGUUUCAACAUCUACGAUGGUGGUUGGCUUCUUGGCCAUCUUCUUUCAGACGUGCGAGCUAAUCAUUUUUCGAUCAGCAAAUAACGGUUUCAAAGAACCUGAUGUCGUUUCUGCGGGUAUCUGGGGCGGUGUCUUCCUCGUCCUUUUCAGUCUCCUUCUUCUGAAUAAUCGACUACGGGAUACUUUGGCCAUACAGGGUUUGGCAGUGUACGGUAUUCUCGUUGGCAUGACCGUUAUUGGAUUGUAUUCGUGGAGCGUCAGCAGAUAUCAAUCGGCCAUUCCCAAUUGUGGCAACAUCAACAUUUCCAACGUGACACUAUGUGGACGGGUUGCUCUCGAUUCGUUGCUCAUCUUCUGCGGCAUCUUGACCGUGGGGCUCAGCGCAGCCACAACAAUCUUGGCGUCAACGUUUGCGUUAGACUGAAAAAUUCAACAAUUAAAAAUUAACAAUGGAC